UAUAUAACUAUUAAUUGCCAUGUGGUUUCGUGUACCUAUCAGUUGUCAAUAUAACCUCUUAAAUUUUUCGCAUAGUAUUACGUAUUUGACAUAUAAGUAAUACGCAAUGGCUAAAAAAAACAAAGUUAAAGUUUACAAUACAAAGAAAAAACAUAUUUCUGAAACAAAAAUAAUCACACAAUUACAAUCGAAGUAUAAUGACAUUGAUGAAACGAGGAUAAUAAAGUUUAGUGACCUUCCUUUAUCAUCGAGAACUUUAAAAGGCUUAGCAGAAAAUAAUUAUAUUGAGAUGACAGAUAUACAGAAGCAAAGUAUUGGAUUAGCAUUACGUGGUAAUGAUAUCUUAGGAGCAGCAAAAACUGGUAGUGGAAAAACUUUAGCAUUUCUUAUUCCGGUAUUGGAAAUUUUAUAUUGUAAACAAUGGAGCAGGUUAGAUGGACUUGGUGCACUGGUUAUCACACCAACCAGAGAACUUGCUUAUCAAAUAUAUGAAACCUUACGUAAAGUUGGAUCACACCAUGAUAUUUCUGCUGGUCUUAUUAUUGGUGGAAAAGAUUUAAAAUUUGAAAAAAAGCGCAUGGACCAAUGUAAUAUCGUCAUAUGUACUCCAGGACGUUUAUUACAACAUAUGGAUGAAAAUCCUUUAUUUGACUGUGUAAAUAUGCAGAUUUUAAUAUUAGAUGAAGCUGACCGAUGUUUGGAUAUGGGUUUUGAGCAAACUAUGAAUUCUAUUAUAGAAAAUUUGCCUCCAAAAAGACAAACACUCUUAUUCUCUGCAACUCAAACAAGGUCUGUCAAAGAUUUAGCCAGAUUAAGCUUGAAAGACCCUAUGUAUGUAUCUGUUCAUGAACAUUCUACUCAUACUACACCUGAAACUUUGCAACAGAGUUAUGUUAUAUGUGCCUUGGAAGAUAAAGUAUCAAUGCUAUGGUCGUUUCUACGAAAUCACUUGAAACAAAAAGUUAUUGUAUUUUUCUCUAGUUGUAAACAGGUAAAAUAUGCAUAUGAAAUAUUCUGCAGAUUGAGACCUGGCAUAAGUUUAUUAGCUCUUUAUGGUACUUUACAUCAACUCAGAAGAAUGGAAAUUUAUGAAACUUUUUGUAAGAAACAAUUUGCAGUUUUAUUUGCCACUGACAUUGCAGCUCGUGGAUUAGAUUUCCCUGCUGUAAAUUGGGUUGUACAAAUGGAUUGCCCUGAAGAUGCAAAUGCAUAUAUACAUCGUGCUGGUAGAACUGCUAGGUUUAAAAGUGGUGGUGAAUCUUUAUUAGUUUUAUUACCUUCUGAAGAAAGUAUGAUUGAUAAGUUAAAGGAGCGCAAAAUUCCAAUAUCUAUGAUUCAGAUAAAUCCAAACAAAUUACAAAAUCCUCAACGUAAAAUGGAAGCAUUAUUAGCGAGGGAUGUAUCACUAAAGGAAAGUGCUCAAAGAGCAUUUGUAGCAUAUGUGAAAUCAGUCUUUUUAAUGAAGGAUAAAGAAGUUUUUAAUGUUCGAGCAUUAAAUACUGAUGCAUUUGCGAGAUCGUUAGGAUUAGCUAUACCUCCAAGAAUACGGUUUCUACAAAGAAUGGAACAAAAACGACUAUCUUCUAAAAAUGUUGACUUUAAAGAACAAAUUACAAAUAAUGAAUCAAAUAAUUAUAUACAUCAAGAAAAUAGUCCAAACUCUUUUAAUGAUGAGGACUCUGAGAAAGAUGAAAAUAUCAAAAAUCAAAUGACGAAAACAAACAAUUUUGCACUGGAUGACAGUGAUGAUGAUGACAUAUUAACUUUGAAAAGAAAAAAUAUAAACAUUGAUGAUAUACCUGAAGUUUUCGCUAAUGAUGAUAAUUUGGAUUUAAAUAAAAAGAAAGCUGUAACAAAAGCCGCAAUAGCUAAAAAGAUUCUCAGGAAGAAAAUAGUACCAAAUAAGAGAACGACUUUUGACGAGGAGGGAGAGAGAGUACUGGAUCCUACUAAAGUAAAGGUAUCAGAUUUAGCACGACAAUAUGAAAAUGAAGAAGAAUCUGGUAUUAAUAUAGAAAUAGCGAAACAAGUAUUACGCGAAGAAGACAGAUUUGAUAAACAACGCUUUAGGCAAAAAAUUAAAGAGAAACACAAAGAAGAAAAACGAAAAUUAAAAGCCAGUAAGAAAAAAGAAGAUACAGAUCAAUUUAGUGAUGAAGAAAAUAUGGAAAAUAUUGAUGAUAAUAAUGGUAGCGAAAGUGAACAAAGUGAACCGGAUUUAUCAUGGUUACCAGAUCCGGAUAAAAUUUAUGGUAAAGAAAAUGAAAAUAAUAAAGAUACGUUAGAAGACUCUGAAUCAGAGGAAUAUGAAGAGGAAAGCAAAAUACAUAGACCUCCUAAAAGGAAACUUCUAACACAGGACAAUUACAAAAGAAUAAAGAAAAAACAAAAAACAGCAAUUGAUAUAGAGAACACACAUUUAAAAGCGGACGAGGAACUAGCAUUACAACUUUUACAAAAUUAAACCAAAUUUGUAUAUUUUUGAGAAAUUUGUUGAAGAAGUCUUUAAUCUUUUUUCUUAUACUGAUACAACAUUGUCAAUACCAUUAUUGAUUUUUAUCUACA